CGGUAUUCAAAUUCCAACGACGCAAACGAUAAAUAGAAACAUAUUUGUGUGUGUGUGAAAUUAUUAUUUCCUAUUCUGGACGAAAAAAAAUGCACUUCCUUUAAAGGUGCAUUCGUACUUCCGUUCAGCUCAAACCCCUUUAAGAAAAACCACAACAACUCAACAGCUGAUGUAAAGAUGGCGGCUGUGUGCUCAGGAAUAGCUGCUAGUCUUGGCUCGAAAGAUCCCGGGAAUGAAAUUCAUGCUAUUUUACGGCGGUGUAGGGGUCGUCCCAGGCUGUCGGACACAGACCGAGCUCGAAGACGAUUCGAAUCCCGGAAAAAGUACGAUGUUCGACGUGUUUACCUCGGAGAAUCACACAAGGUCUGGAGCGACCUGAGACAGAGAACUUGCAUGAGCGACGCCGGACUCGCCGAGUAUUUAAUCCUGUUGAACUCAGCUUACGGAGAAAGAUACCAACAAAAACACUGCGUGAAAAGCUCUCCAGAACUUUGCAGAAAUCAGAAAAAAGGCAAGAAGCUGGUCGCCACAAGCUUACACAGCUUGGUGAGCUGGUAUCAGCAGCACUGCCUGAUAUGUUCUCAUGAGCCUGAGUUGAGGUCUGUUGAGCCAAUGCUGGGUCAAUCCACUACGGUGCUUUGGAAGUGUGAUGCUGAGCAUUCAUUCAUACAGCACAUUUCAUGGCCUGUGGGCGGCAGUAGUGAGACGGACGAGGACAACAACAAUGCUGAGUCAGGGCCAGAGAACAAGACAGCUGUCCAGACUAAAGCAACAGCUGUGAGCAAUCAAAGGACAUUAGCAGAUCCAGAAGAUGAGCUGGAGAGUGCCACAGCAGAGGUUUCCAAAGUGGCUCAACAGAUGUCCUCCACUGUUUUCAGUCAGUUGCCAGAAUCCCACAGUGAAGCCGGCGCAUCCUCACCCCCCCUGGGGGACCAGGUCAUGUGGGAAACGGAAGCAGAACGAGAACAUGAGUUGGCCAUGGCUGACUGUGAAAAUGAAGAAAGAGAUGACUUUCCUUUGGUGGAGGAGAGCAAUUCAAAGCCUGAAGUUUUAGGAUGUCAUGAAACUGGGACAGAUGGUUAUGAAUGUGUGGUGGUCACAGCGGCUUUAAUGGAAAGCCUGCAUGAACCGGACGGAGCCAGUCAUUUGAUUGGGGGCAUAGAAGCGAAUGGAGCACAAUCAGUCUCGGGUAGUAUAACCAACACGCCCACAGCAGCCACGCCGGUACAAGCAGAGCUCUAUGAAACGCAGGCACUGCAGAACAUGGUGGGCAGCUGUAAGCUAACAGACCAACAUGCUGCACUGCAGGGCUCACAGCUGAUAAUAAUCACAGGAUCCAGUUAUGAAGCGAUGACAUCCGAAGGCAUUCAGCUCAACGUGGGUGGCGGAGAUGUGGAGGGGGUCACAUGCACAGUGAUCGAGGGGAUGUCUUACAAUCAGUUGUGCCAGUCAGAAGCAAUAGUCCAGAAUAAUGUCUCGCAUACAGAUACUAUGACAGACCUGAGUGAGAAGCAGCUGUUGGAGCCUAGUGGAGAAUCCCACAGUCAGAAAGAUAUUCAGUGCUCUUUUAGCAGGUCUAAGAGGAGUCGUCAAGGUCCAGUUAUUGAAGCAGAUGGCAUGCUGAAAAUGUUCCAUUGUCCAUAUGAGGGCUGCAGCCAGGUGUACGUGGCCCUCAGCAGCUACCAGAACCAUGUAAACCUGGUACACCGGAAAGGCAGGACAAAAGUGUGUCAACAUCCUGGUUGCGGGAAGAAAUUUUACCUGUCUAACCAUCUUCAUCGCCAUAUGAUUAUUCACUCGGGUGUGCGAGAUUUCAUCUGCGAGACCUGUGGCAAAUCUUUUAAACGCAAGAACCAUUUAGAGGUGCACAGGCGCACUCACACAGGAGAAACGCCUUUACAAUGUGAGAUCUGUGGUUAUCAGUGUCGGCAGCGGGCUUCACUCAACUGGCACAUGAAGAAACACUCCUCUGAGGCACACUUCAACUACACAUGCGAGCACUGCGGCAAGCGCUUUGAGAAACUCGACAGUGUCAAGUUCCAUAAGCUCAAAAGCCACCCUGACAGACAAAACACUUGAAAGGAUAUGUAGUAAGGAGGCAAAAUGGAUAUUUAAUAAAAUGUAUGUAUAGGGGUUUCUGUUAACACCAGUUUUAUCGAGGCUCAUGACUAGUGUGUUGAAUGCAUGGCCUGUAGACCGGGCUCUGAGUAAGUGUACAAGCAGGAGAAGAUAAAGGACCCUUGAAGUAAAGACCUAAAUAAAAUGAGGUCCAUCUCAGUAGAAGUUAAAGCUAUGUGUGUGCUAGUUUGAGGCAUAAUUAUUUUGUGUACGCUGUGCAGGUCACAGCUUUCAGUCACCAGGUUAUGGUGUUAAAUGGUUCUUAAAUGUCUUUGUGAAGUAUUGUUUACAAAAUGUUUGUAUGUUCAUAUUCUACUCCAAAUCCUCCUUUUAAACCUUAUCAAAUGUGCUUCAUUCAUUCUAAGUGUGUUGAGAAAUCUCUCUCAGCAACAUCUAUUAGGUGAGUUUAGGUGCACUGGGGGUAGAGUGUAGAAAUGACCACUAUAGAAUUUAUGAUGAAUUCUUUUAUGAAAUUUUACAGCUGCAAAUGUUUAUUUAUGAACAUAUGACUAUUGGGUCAUAAAAUUCAAGGGCUAGUUGAUAGCUAAGAAAGGAUAUACUGCAGCAUGCCCAGUGUUCUGUUUCAGUAGCCAGGAGGAAGUGUUUACUGAAGACGAGUGAAUGUUCCAAAAUGUUUAUGCUACUUAUUGCAACACCAGCUUACCUGGAACAAAAGGUAGACAAACAGAAAUUAUUAGCUUUUCACCUGUGUGGCCAGGUUGAUUACACAAGCACCACCUCCGAUCUGUUUUCAUUUUAUUGCAUACAGAAUCAUUUCAGCUGUUUUAACAGAAUAUUUAAAAGAAUACUGUAAAUGUGGUGGUUCUAUAACGCUUGGUAGCAUAACGUUUGUUCGUAACCUGGCUACCUCUACCUGGAAGUAAAGCCUGCCUUUUGAAUGGUCUUUUAAGCUAGAUAAUGACUUCAAUCUAUGUUCGAAUUCAAAAUCCACCAGAUCACAUUGAUGUGCAGUGUUGACCUCAGUCUAUGAGAACGGUAAUAAUCUUGUUCACAAUUACAGUAGCGGCUCAGAGCUGUGGUUUCCAAGAACGGUUUUAUAAAAUUUGUGGGGGUGCCAAAUGUGCACUUAUUAUUACCUUUCAGUAUCUCUGUAUGUUUAAGCUCACAGUGGCACAAAUGACAUUUAUAUUUCAUAGAGUUAAUGCUGGUGUUAUUAUUAAUUGUGUUAAUAUGAAACCGAUUGCAUGUUAUUCUGUUGAGGAUUGAUUCAUAUUUUGUGAAUAAGACAUUAUUGUGAAUGAGACACAUGCUCACUGAGUGAAUUGUGGAAAAAUAUGGCAGACUUUUACAGCAAUACCAACUAACGGUGAAUCAAAAAAUUUGAGUCAAUCAUUUAUCAUAAGUGGGUGUUUUUUUUUAUGGAUUGCUUUAUUUAUGUGUUUUUAUAGAAUAGGUUUUUAUAGACUGUUAUUGAAUAUAUUCAGUACAUGCUAGCAUUUUUUUAUUACUCUUAAGCUUCUGGAGGAAUUCCGCUCCCCCCCCCCCCCCCCUUUUCUCCCUCCUAGAUACACGGAGAAGAACAAUGUGUGUGUUCAAGGUAUUGAAUGCCUCAAGCUUUUGUCAGUGAUUCAUUAGGUGUAAAUACUGUAAUUGGUGCCCCCUUAUAAUGGUGAUGCAUUUACAUAUAAUGUUUACAGCCCAUUGGAAAUGUUUUCCAGCAGGAAGCGCUUUAAAAUUCUCGCUUACCUGCUUAAUGUCCUGAAACAGAACUGCAGUGUUGAUCUUACAAGGAAGUUACUGUAUCACAGUGCUUCAAUUCUCAGGGGAAACCGAUACCAACUAUUGUAUUUCCUGUUUCUUUAUCUGAAACCUUCAGCUUUUAUAAUCCAGCUCAUUUGUGUCUGCUACAUCUAAGCACUUUGAAUUUACAAUCGUUGUGUUUAAAGGCCAAAUGUGGAACAGUUCAAUGCUGUAAUUCUGGCAUUUCUCUUCUGUAAGUUUCAUUACGAUAGCAAUGAAAAUUAAUCAUAUUAUAACUGUUUAUUCUGCCAAAAAAUCUCCUAUUCUGUUAUAUGAUGUUUUGCUUGUACUUUCUCUGAAAAAUGUUGACAAAAGGCCCUUUUUGAACGACUGGACUAAGCUAUGGCUUAACCGCGUUCAUCGUGACCUUCUGUUCUUAUGUGAACAUAAAUUCAUAAUGUGAGCCUAAUAUGGCAUCUACCCAGACAAGUACACAAAUUAUUACACCAAAGAAUUUGCAUGAAUUCAAACUUAUAUGGCGCAGGUGUACUGAUUUAAAAAGUAUUAUUCUUAAUUUCAUAACAUUGCUCAGAGAUUUGAACUUCUUUAGAGUAUUUCUAUUUUGAAGAAUAGAAAAAAAAUGGCCAUUGUAUCUACUAUGAUGUUAUACAUUUUUUCUUUCUUUUCUUGUGUUCUAUUUACUUUUAUAUACUAAAGUUGAAGUCAAUGAUCAUGAUUGCAGUCAGCCACACCUCGAAGUUAAAUGAACCUGUAGAAAAUAAUGGACAUAAAUCGUCAAUGUUCUCGUAAUCUAUUUUAAGCUUUCUUUGUUGGUCAGCUUUUCUAGAAUCUCUUUGUGGGAUUUAUCAAAGUAAAACCAGAGUUUCCAGUUUUGGGAUUGUCUGCCAGCUUAAACACUGUACAGAAAACAGUUAAUAAUUUUUAAAGGUGCAGGAUCAUAAUGCCUUUUGUAUUUAAUGAUAAAUACAAAAUGAUAUAAAUAACACUACAAAUAUGUAAUACACCUCGCUAUUAUCCUGGAUGUCUCAAGCAAAUAAGCAAUAAAAGCUUAACCUAGUAUUGAAUAUUAAA